GAGCUGUAAGGAGAGGAAGAUCAGCUUCCCUGCCCUGCCCAGCCAGCACUUCCAUUUCUUUCCCCUUCUGGGAAAUGCUCUCUCAUUGCAAUUUUGGUCCACUGAUUAUUUUUAAGACCACUCUCCUCUCACUCAUCACCGCGGGGGUCAGCUACAGACAUCUAGGUUUCCAUGAAGGCAGUCUGUCUGCCCAUUAUCUCCCACACCUGCCAGGGCUGGGCUGUGAACCCAUCUGAGGCCAAUUACCCUGAAACUGAAGCCUGGCUGUGCCCUGGGCCUCAGCCCAGCUGGAAGAUAGGCCAAACCAGUGCCCAGUAAGAUGCUGUGGGAUUCACAUGGAUGUCUUUGGGCUGAAGCUGUAACAAAAUGUGCUGUUUUCCCUGUCCUAGAUUUCCUCUUCCAGAAGGAGCUGUUUGCUGCCAGAGACACAGACCCCAUGCACAACCUCUCCGCACAGCCCUGGCAGGCGAAGAUGGCCAACCUGACUUAUGACAACAUCACCCUCAGCAAUCACUCCGAGGUGGCCAUCCAGCCCCCCACCAACUACAAGACGGUGGAGCUGGUUUUCAUCGCCACGGUCACCGGCUCGCUCAGCCUCGUCACCGUGGUGGGGAACAUCCUGGUGAUGCUGUCCAUCAAGGUGAACCGCCAACUGCAGACUGUCAACAACUACUUCCUCUUCAGCCUAGCCUGCGCCGACCUCAUCAUCGGGGUCUUCUCCAUGAACCUCUACACGGUCUACAUCAUCAAAGGCUACUGGCCACUGGGGGCCGUGGUUUGUGACCUGUGGCUGGCCCUGGACUACGUGGUGAGCAACGCCUCAGUCAUGAACUUACUCAUCAUCAGCUUUGACCGGUACUUCUGUGUCACUAAGCCCCUGACGUACCCGGCCAGGAGGACCACCAAGAUGGCGGGGCUCAUGAUCGCAGCCGCGUGGAUAUUGUCCUUCAUUCUCUGGGCCCCUGCCAUCUUGUUCUGGCAGUUCAUUGUGGGCAAGAGGACGGUCCACGAGAGGGAAUGCUACAUCCAGUUCCUUUCCAACCCGGCGGUGACCUUCGGCACGGCCAUCGCUGCUUUCUACCUGCCCGUGGUCAUCAUGACGGUGCUGUACAUCCACAUCUCACUGGCCAGCAGGAGCAGGGUGAGGAGACACAAGCCCGAAAGUAGGAAAGAGAGGAAAGGCAAGUCCCUCAGCUUCUUCAAGGCUCCCCCAGUCAAACAGAACAACAAUAACUCCCCCAAGAGGGCUGUGGAGGUGAAGGAGGAGGUGAGGAAUGGGAAGGUGGAUGACCAGCCCUCAGCACAGACAGAGGCCACUGGCCAGCAGGAGGAGAAGGAGACCUCCAAUGAGUCCAGCACAGUCAGCAUGACCCAGACCACCAAAGACAAGCCCACAACGGAAAUCUUGCCAGCGGGACAAGGACAGAGCCCAGCCCAUCCUCGGGUGAACCCGACUUCCAAGUGGUCCAAGAUCAAAAUCGUCACCAAGCAGACUGGGACCGAAUGUGUCACCGCCAUCGAGAUCGUCCCAGCUAAGGCAGGAGCCUCUGACCACAACUCCCUGUCCAACAGCCGCCCUGCCAAUGUCGCCAGGAAGUUUGCCAGCAUCGCCAGGAGCCAAGUGCGGAAGAAACGCCAGAUGGCAGCCCGGGAGAAGAAGGUCACCCGCACCAUAUUUGCCAUUCUGCUAGCCUUCAUACUCACAUGGACUCCUUACAACGUGAUGGUCCUCAUUAACACCUUCUGUGAGACCUGCGUUCCUGAAACCGUGUGGUCCAUCGGCUACUGGCUCUGCUACGUCAACAGCACCAUCAACCCAGCCUGCUAUGCCCUCUGCAAUGCCACGUUCAAGAAAACCUUUAAGCACCUCCUCAUGUGCCAGUACAGGAACAUUGGCACGGCCAGGUAAGCUGGUGCUCAGGGAUCACUUUAGCAACGUUACGGCAGUCCUCCCCUUCGUCUCCUUCACCUGGAGGGGUCCUCUGCUCCCUCUCACAGAAGCGCAGACUGCAAAGUGCUGGCAGGUGAUGCCCUUGAAUGCUGACAAAAGUCCACGGCACCUCUGAGCUGCAGCACCUCCAGCCACCCUGAGCCCAUGGACUCACUGAAGGGCUGGGAGGAAGGCGAGCUGAGGCCAGAUGUGCUAACCAGGAGCCCUCCCAGCUCCCUGUCGUGGAUGUAUUGGCCGACAGGUAUCAGUACUCCUCAUCAGACUGACUGCCUCUUCUCCGUCUCCCGGUUUGUCAGAGCUUGUUUGCACACAAACAGCCUAACACUGGGUGCUUUCAAUAUCCCUGUAGACUAUAUUUACUACCCAAGAUGAAAAGAAACGGGGGGGCCAACUUUUGCCAGCCACUUUGGACCUGGAUGGCUUGGGUGUGCACGCAGAAGGUCCUCGGACUGUCCACUCAUAAGGAGGUUGGGGCUGUGCCCAAGCAGCAGUGGUGAGCUCCCUCCUUGUCUCAAUGUCACCUCCUGGCCUAGGGACCUGUGGGGACAGUGUGGGACACCUGUCCUGCCAUGGUGACCCCAGGGAGGACACAGGAUGACUGCUGAGCUUUGUAAAUGGACAUAUCCCCACAACCGCUGCUGUCGCAGAGUCCUCAGCAUGUGGGGUCCCACCAGCCCCUCCUGCCCCAUCGUGCUGUUGCCUCACUUCUGCCAAGGCUGGGGCUCUGCUGAAAUGUGGGGACACUGCCAUGUCUGUUUGUCUGUCUCACUCCAUGCCAGGGCAAUGCCGUGCGACCUGGACAAGGGCUGCCCUGCCCCCCUCACUGCCGCUGCCUUUAGGAUCCUGACAUAGCGUUACCCACAUUGCCUGGCGGGUUGGUUUUGGGUUUCGGAGAAGUGUUACAGCUACAGCUGACCCCCAGCAAAUAAAGACCUCGGACCAGAAACCAAAGGCCACAGGUCAA